UAUAUUUCAACAAAAUAAGUGAAGCAUGAACAGUGAAGAAGGCUAUGAUCGAUCUAAAUUUAUAAAUUACAAUUCAGAUUCUUUUGACUGUGCAAUUUGUUCAUGUGUUGCUCGUAAUCCUAAAGAAUGUAAUUAAUGUGGGGGAAUUUUUUGUGGAUAUUGUAUUGAUAAUUGGUUAAAAAAAUCUGGGUAAUGUGAUUUUAUUAAUUUCUUAGUGGUGAAUGUAUAUUUCGUUGUCCUUAAAAGCUAUCAAUAAAUCCUAUAUCAAGGGCUUUGAAAAAAAUUUAUGAUGAUCUAGAAUUAAAAUGUAAUUUUACAAAUAAUAUUUAAAGGUUCUAAUUGUUUAAAAGGAAUAAAAAUAAAUUAAUUUGAAAAUCAUGAAAUUGGUUGCAAAUCGAUAAAAUGUAAAAAUUAUGAUUAAUGUGGAAAUAAUUUAUUAAUAGAAAAUAAUGAGAAAGUAUUCUAUCAUAAUUAAAUAGCAAAGGUUUGUGAUUCUGUCUGUUUAUUAUUUAGUCAAGUGAAAAAUGACAAGUCAAAAUCUGAAAUUUAUUGGCAUAUAAAAUAAUUUGUAUAAACAAAUGGAUAAAGACCAGAUAAUUAUCAAAUUGAUAGAGUUUUACAGAUUGUAAAUUCAUCUGCACCUAUAAUAUAAAAUUAAUCUAUAAAAUGGGAUAGAAAUAGAAUGGGAGCAGGUAUGGAACUUACAGAUGGAGAUUAAAAGGUUUUUUUAAAGGAAUAAGCCUACAUGUUUAGAACAAUUAUAGCUAAUUUUGGUUUUGAAUCUGGUAUUGUAUAUUGGGAAAUUGAAGCAGAUGAUAGAACUGAAAAUGAAUUAAAAAUAGGUGUAACUACACAAAGAGAUUUCAAUUAUAAUUCAGCCUUUUGUGAUUUUGAAUAUGGUUGGGCAUAUUAUGGAUUAGCAUAAGUAUUUAUUUUAAUUAUAUAAAAUAGUUAAGACAUAAUAGUAAUGCAACUGGUCCAUCAUUUGGUAAGAGAUUUAAAAAAGAAGGUACUUUAGGAAUCUGUUUAAAUAUGAACUAAGGUACUUUAAUGUUUAGUUUGAAUGGAGAAUUUAUGGGAUGUGCUUAUAAAGAUGAAAGAUUAAAAUAAGGACCUAUUUAUCCUGCAGUAGCCUUACUUCAUUGUGCUGGUUGUAAAAUCACUAGCGGUAAACCUGUUCCAUAGAUAUUUUAAUAAUGA